GACCAAAAGGCUGCAAAUACAAAAUGUGCUCCAUGCCUUCCCCCAAACCCUAAACCUCCGAAAACCCUCCGCCGUCCCCGUCCCCACACCCUCACUCCCCGCCGAAGCGGAGCGCGGAGAGACCCACCCACCCAUCCCACGGCGAUGUCGACGGCGGCGUACACGGUGCUCCGCGGGUGCCGGUCCUUCAUGUCCUCCGCGGCGGCGGCGGCUGCCGCGGGGAGCAAGAAGCCCGCAGCGGCGGCGGCGGCGGCGGCGGCGGCGAAGGGGGGCAAGAAGUCCGCAACGGCCGCCGCGAAACCCAAGGCGGCCAAGGAGAAGGGCCCGGUGGAUCCGAACAACCUCCGCGGGAUCAUGCGGCCGGUGCCGGUCUCCGACGCCCUGAGCAAGUUCGGCGGCGCCCCCAACAUCUCCCGCUCCGGCGUCCUCAAGAUCGUCUGGGACUACGUCAAGGCCAACUCCCUCCAGAACCCAGCGAACAAGAAGGAGAUCAUCUGCGACGAGAAGCUCAAAACCAUCUUUGAUGGGAGGAACACGGUUCAUAUGACGGAGGUCACCAAGCUGUUGUCCCCUCAUUUCGUGAAGUCUACCUAACUAAAGCAGCCGAAUGGGGGGUUGGCGCUGGUGCUUUCUGCCCAGAGCCAGCGCUGGAAAAGCUUAUUUUGCGACCCCUGUCAAGUCAAUGUUCUACUAGGUAGUUAAGUAGUCAUGGCUUCAGACUUUGUUUGCCAUUUAAGGUUUGGGGCUCGGUGAUGAUGCAUGUAAGAAGGAUUCCCUGUGUUUUGUGGUUUGUAGCUCCUGCCAUCAUGAGAGGGCACCCACAUACACAUGCAUGUUGAUGUGGUUUCAGUGUGUUUAGUCUGUUAAUUCCACUUUGUCCUAGUCAUAUAUAUCAUGCUGGUCUCUUGGUUGCAGUGGAUGGUGAAUUUGUGAUAAUAAGCAGGUUGUGGUCAAA